AUGUCUCCAUCAAUCAUCAAAUCAGGAGAAGCUCCAACUGAUUCAGACUUUGAUUUGCAAAAGUGGCUGAAAGAAAUCGAGGGCGCAGAGAACCUGAUGAGCGAAGUCGAAGCAAAAGCAGAUACUCUUCAAGCCAAGGUAGAUGCCCUUUUGCUUGAAGUUGGUCAACCUGCUACGUCUGAAGAGAAGCAGGAUACUGUUAUGAUUGAAUCAAGUACCACUACCGUUAUUGAAGAGAAAGAUGACGACAAGAUCCCCAGCCAAGUACCAGAGAAGAAACAGUGA